AUUGUUUUGGUUUCGGUUUUAACUUAACCAGUUUGUAAUGAAAAAUGUAAACCCUCUGUAACUUUCUGUUUAAUAAAAGCAGUAAUUCAUUAAUAACUAAAUCAGUCAUUUCUUUUUAAAACACUUAUUAGGCGUUAUCAUUGGAAAAACUCUGAUCCUGUUAUGAUAGCUAGAAGGAUCGGUACAAUAAAUUGGGUUCUUUUGCGUGAUAAGAUAAAUGAAAUGAAUGAUAGACAUGAGAAAGAAGCUAACCCACACACCAUACGUGCUCAGAUUAUUGCAUCCCAGUUACAAAAUAUGUCAAGAGAAACAACAAUAAGUCAUACAAAACAUGAAGAUGGCUUUGAAAAAUGUACAAAGGAAGGGAGUAUUGAGUCUACUGACCAUAAAGGUGGUCCAUACACCAAAGGAAUGACACCAGAAGAACGGAAACAGUUUUUCAGAACAAAAUUAAAUCAGAAAGCUCGUGAAGGUUUUCGAUUUUGGGUAACCGAACGGCCUAAACCAACAAAAUUUGGCCAUUACUCAAUGGGAGCCAAAUAUACUUUCCUCGGAUUAUGCAAUGCCCCGAGAAGUUGAAUAUUUCAUUGUAUUGUACUGUUUGUUCCCAAUAAAAUACACUCAAUUCCUUUUUAGUAAAAUGUGCUAUGUUAAAUAAAAAACUACGCACA